AUCCACACAGCAGUAGGACAGUCCCUGCUCUGUUACAUACAUCGUGGCAAGAUCGGAGCCCAGGUGGAGGAGGUACAAGAUGAGCUCUUUCUGGAACAGCAAAACCUCUCUUUAUCCUCCGUGGAGCUCAUGAUGAAGAAAAGCACCGUGCACAGCACUGCACAUGUGGCCUUAACAGAAACUGCCCCAGGGUCCCAGCAAAGCAGUUCUCUCCACGUCAUAUCAUCUCCAUCCGCCACUAUUUUUGAUACAAUCUUUUUUAACCAAGGAACAAUGACCCAAAGUAUAGCAGAUCACAGCAUCUUGGUGGCAAAUUAUGUGUCGAUGCUGAGCAAUGCGGUGGUCAGAGAGGACGAUGAAAUGGAUAACUUUUUGCCAGAAGCUCCCUGGACAACUUCCCGCCCGGUUUCUCCAAUUCGGUAUCUCCCGGUCAGCCCGCCGGCGCUGACUCCAUCCUCACCCAUGAUUUCUUUUCAAGACCAACAGAUGACAUCAGCCUGGCAGAACACAAUGCAACAAACAACAACGUAUACCGAAUCCCCCAGUCAUUUCAGUGCUUUUCGGUCAGCUUUUCCCACAUCCGAGGGCAUGCUUCCAACACCUAGUAGGAACUUGGUGCUUUAUCCUACGGACGCUUACGGGCACUCAGCGAGCAGGACUUUGCCGGAGAUCGUGGCUUCAGGCACGGAGGAAGCAGAAACCCUUCUCUCCAGCUCUCUGUCUGCAGAGCCGCCGCUCGUAGGCAGUGGCCUGACUCAGCAGCCUUUUCCCUCCUGGGCGGAGGUCCCACCGCCUCCAGAGGAUGUUCUGGCCACGGUCACGGCCACGGCCACGGACAGAUACCCAGAGGAGACCACGGCUGUGAGUCGCAGUCUAGAAGGAACCAUCCUUUCUAGAACAGAGCCUGCCGCAGCUCUGGCACAGAUAGUCUUUGCUUGUAGCCGCGGCAGCCCAAAUUCGGCUUUGUUCUCAUCUUCUUCUGCCUCCGUGUCCUUUUCUCCUCCAUCAGCUGAUGUUUCUUCUAACCCCUUUCUUCCCGGCAGCCCCGGUGAGACGUCGGAGCUGCCAGGCGACGCAGGGGUCGUCCCAGACCUCGAGGACGACGACGCUCGCGUCCUGAGCCCGCUGUCGUCACUCAGACCCUACACGGGGUGCGUGUCCUGCCGCGUGGCGUCGCCUCGGCUCGUCGCGUCAGCCAGCCUCCCGGGGAGGGAAGACGUGGGCUCGGGGGACGGCGCCGAGACCCUGUCGGUGACCACACCGGAAGCCCGCGGCGUCUCUCCGUCCAGCCGCAGAGUGGCGGACUUCCCAGAAUUCGAAGAAGAGCCGCAGGAAUUCAAUACACGUUUCCCCUCCCGGCCGGUGGUUCCACUGUCUUCUCCCUCCGUGCGCGGCUCAGGAACGGGCGGUGGGGUUUCAGCCGAGGCGGGUGCGAGCAGUGUCGGGACCACCCCGGUGCCUCCUUCCCGCGGCCACCUCUCUGCGCCCGUGUCGCCCGAUGCUGCUCCUUUGGGCUCCUCCUCUGUCCCCGAAACGCCGGGACCGCCAGCCGGCGGCGGGACAGCGGGGUUCCCCUGGGUCAUCAGCAGCGUGCUCCCCGACUCGUCUGUCCCGCGCACAGCGGACCAGAGCCGCCCCGCGCCCGCGCGCGGGGACCCACGGCCUUCUCCGGCUUCCGCCCCGGGCCCGUCCGGGGAGCCCGCGCCGGUCCCUGACGCGGAGCCUGGCGGCUUUUCGGCGCAUGAAACUGGACGGGCUUUGGAGUCCGCAGCCGGUUUUCUCCCAACUCCACCGCUGGAGUUCAGCAGCCUGGUCCCUUCAUCUUCAGAAGGACUUGCCUCCCCGACUUUGGGGAUGGCGAGUGCCGCGGGCGCUUUCGUUUCUCCGGCGUCCUCUGCGGUGGUCGAGACCCUCGCGUUGUCGGACUCUCUCCGUGCGCCGUCCGCCCCGCUUCCCGUGCCUGCUUCCACAAACUCUGACUUUUCUCAGCCCCAGCCGAGUUCAGACCUUCCUUUAAGGACAUUCACGUUUCUUCCUGGCUACUCUGAAAUGUCGCGCCUCACAAGCCUCCCUUCUGAUUCUGUCAAGUUCUCUGAAGCAGCAACAGUUGCCCCGACAGGUCCCGAAGCUCAUUUUACCUCAGCCCUCACUGAAACUACCUCCUAUUUUGAGUUGUCACUCAUUGCCCAUGAAUCUGCGGUCACCACCCUGGUGCCCUCCAGGUCUGAGCCCACCCUUGACAUUUUGACUCUUGGGACUCGCUUCCCGUCACCUUUGACUGCUUUUCAUACGACACCCAUUUUAGCAGAAUCUUCUCUCUUUCCAACUCCAACUCCAACACCUUCCAGUGACGGAGUCAGUGCUACGGAUGACCACUCACCUGUCUUACCCUCUUUCUCCAAAGUCAUUGCCAGCACCACACUGCUGGUCACUGAUGCGUACCUGUCGUCAGCAUCCUCAUUUGUUUCUGAGGUGGUCCCCUCACCUCUUCCUACAGAGCCAACAUUUGUGGGCCCAUCAUUCACACCCACAGAUUUACCAAUGAACACCUCCACGGAACCCAACUCACCCAACACCAGUGCUGCCCCCGAUCAUACUGUUGACAGCACCCCGAGCAGCAGAACUGCGAGUCAGAAUCCCCCUGAGAGCAGUUCGGGGCGACCCCCGCCAUCCCUUCAUCCCGUGCCCACCUCCACUUCUGAAGCAACCGUUGAUACUCCGGCACUGGUCACCACCAAGCCGCCAUAUGUGUGUGAUAUUACGGUUCCGGAUGCCUAUUUGAUCACAACCGUGCUGGCCAGAAGAGCCGUGCAGGAGUACAUCAUCACGUCCAUCAAAGAGGUGUUGAGGAUUCACUUCAACCGGGCGGUGGAGCUCAAGGUUUACGAACUAUUCGCUGACUUCACUUUCCUGGUAACAUCGGGGCCUUUCGUUUACACGGCAAUAUCAGUCAUUAAUGUACUUAUAAAUAGUAAACUUGUACGUGACCAAACUCCUUUAAUCCUGGCUGUGAAACCUUCCUUCCUUGUGCCGGAGUCCAGGUUCCAAGUUCACACGGUUCUUCAGUUCGUGCCUCAGAGCGUGGAUACCAGUUUCUGUAACUUCACCCAGCGCAUUGAGAAAGGCCUGAUGAUAGCUCUUUCUGAAGUGAGAAAACACCACCAGGGGACGCAUAACUUCACCGUGCAGAUCUUGAAUAUCACCAUGGGUGCUUCAAGGCCUGCUCCUCGGCGGGGCCCGGUGAAUAUCGUCUUUGCGGUCAGAGGCGUGCAGGGGUUUUUGAAUGGGACAGAAGUGAGCCAGCUGCUCAGGAACUUGAGUGUGGUGGAGUUCAGUUUCUACCUGGGGUACCCCGUGCUCCAGAUCGCCGAACCCUUCCAGUACCCGCAGCUGAACUUAUCUCAGCUGCUGAAGUCCUCCUGGGUGAGAACAGUUCUCCUGGGCGUUGUCGAGAAGCAGCUCCAGAAUGAAGUGUUUCAGGCUGAGAUGGAGCGCAAGCUGGCCCAGCUGCUCAGUGAGGUGUCCACCCGGAGGCGGAUGUGGAGAAGGGCCACCAUCGCUGCGGGGAACAGCGUGGUGCAGAUGGUAAACGUGUCAAGGCUAGAGGGAGAUGACAAUCCUGUGCAGCUCAUCUACUUUGUGGAGGAUCAAGAUGGAGAAAGACUCAGUGCAGUCAAGUCUUCAGAUCUGAUUAACAAGAUAGAUAUCCAGAGAGCAGCCAUUAUCUUGGGUUACCGAAUUCAAGGCGCUGUUGCCCAACCCUUGGACAGAGUGAAGAGGCCGUCCCCCGAGUCCCAGAGCAGCAACCUCUGGGUCAUUGUCGGUGUGGUCAUUCCAGUGCUGGUGGUGAUGGUGAUUGUCAUCAUCCUCUACUGGAAACUCUGCCGCACGGACAAGUUGGACUUCCAACCUGACACGGUGGCCAACAUCCAGCAGCGUCAGAAGUUGCAGAUCCCUAGUGUGAAGGGCUUUGAUUUUGCUAAGCAGCAUCUGGGUCAGCACAAUAAAGACGACAUCUUGAUUAUUCAUGAGCCAGCACCACUGCCGGGACCUGGACCGGUGAAGGACCACACCACGCCCUCUGAAAACGGAGAUGUGCCGAGCCCCAAGGCAAAGAUCCCUUCCAAGAACCUCCGUCACAGAGGAAGAGUUUCUCCCUCGGAUGCUGACUCUACCGUAAGUGAGGAGUCCAGUGAGAGGGACGUGGGAGACAAGACGCCGGGAGCAGUGAAUGAUGGCCAGCCCCACAGAGCCCCACAGAGCGGGCCACCGCCGCCCAGUUCGGGGAACGAGCAGCACUCGUCAGCCUCCAUCUUUGAGCAUGUGGACAGGCUGUCCCGGUCCUCAGAGGCCAGCAGGCGGGUUCCCAGUAAGAUACAGCUGAUCGCCAUGCAGCCCAUCCCGGCCCCUCCGGUUCAGCACCCCGUACUGGCUGACCGGGUGGCAGAAAGCAACAAAAUUAACAAGGAGAUCCAGACGGCGCUGCGGCACAAGUCCGAGAUCGAGCACCAUCGGAACAAGAUCCGGCUCCGCGCCAAGCGCCGCGGGCACUACGAGUUUCCGGUGGUGGACGACCUGUCCUCGGGCGACACGCGUGAGCGGCACCGUGUGUACCGCAGGGCGCAGAUGCAGAUCGACAAGAUCCUGGACCCCACGGCCAGCGUGCCCUCGGUGUUCAUAGAGCCCAGGAAGAGCUCCAGGAUAAAGCGAUCUCCCAAACCACGCCGGAAACACCAGGUCAAUGGCUGCCCCGGAGAUGCUGAGAAGGACAGACUCAUCACCACAGACAGCGAUGGCACUUACAAAAGGCCCCCCGGUGUCCACAACUCCGCCUACAUUGGUUGCCCAUCUGAUCCCGAUCUCCCGGCCGAUGUGCAGACCCCAUCCUCUGCUGAGCUGGGGAGGUAUCCAGGCCUGCCCUUCCCAGCCUCCCAGUACAUCCCACCCCAACCGUCAAUCGAGGAGGCGCGCCAGACCAUGCACUCCCUCCUGGAUGAUGCUUUUGCUCUCGUGGCCCCCAGCAGCCAGCCUGCCAGUGCCGCGGUCGCAGGCCCUGGGGUCCCAGCCGUCCUGCCUGUGAACAGCACUCCUUCCCGGGAUGAGAGGCGAGCGACCCAAUGGGGAUCCUUCUACAGCUCUGCUCAGACGGCCAACAACCCGUGUAGCAGAUAUGAAGACUAUGGAAUGACUCCCCCAUCAGGCCCAUUGCCAAGACCAGGUUUUGGCCCCGGUUUGCUGCAGGCUUCGGAGCUGGUGCCCCCAGAGCUCCAGCAGCCACAGGCAUCGGCUGAAGCCCCGGUCACUGCCCGAGGGAUCUACUCGGAGGACAUGCCAUCGGUGGCCCGGCCACGGCCUGUCGGGGGCACCACAGGCUCCCAGAUUCAGCACCUGACGCAGGUGGGAAUCGCAAGCAGAAUUGGAGCCCAGCCAGUGGAAAUCCCACCAAGCAGAGGCAGCCAAUAUGGGGGACCAGGUUGGCCUUCAUAUGGGGAGGAUGAAGGUGGCCGAAGAGAGGCUACGCACAUGCUUGGACAUCAAGAAUAUUCUUCUUCACCACUGUUCCAGGUGCCAAGGACUUCAGGUAGGGAGCCCUCCGCUCCUCCCGGGAACCUCCCUCACAGGGGGCUGCAGGGUGCGGGGCUGACUUACACCACCAGCUCCACAGAAGACCUCCAGCCCGGCCACUCUUCAGCUUCACUCAUCAAAGCGAUCCGCGAGGAGCUGCUCCGGCUCUCCCAGAAACAGACCGCCGUGCAGAACUUCCACAGCUGAUCGGCCUCGCCUUGCAGAUUUGCCAAGUAUCUGCUUCCCGUGGAAGCAAGACUAAAUGGAAAUCAACUAAAUGGGUAUUUGUGAGAGAACGUGCAUCUCCUGGGCUAGGUGCCCGUGUAAAGGAGCAAGUUGCAAUUUUAGAGGAUGCCAUAAGUCACAUGACAGCUCAUGAUGCUUUUAAUAAGUUGGCAAUUUUUUGACCACUUGGGUUUCAGUCAAAAUUUACGUACUUUUGGCCAAAAGCCAGCAGCACUUCAUGAAGGCAAACCACAAACCUAAGCUAACAACAAGAACAACAACAAAUCACUAAAUUAGUCUCCUUUUUAAAGGUAAAAGAUGGAAAUGUAUAGAUGGUAUAGGGAUUAACGGAAUCCAGCUUUUCCGUGGGAAGAUAUGAUUCAGACUGGUUUGUAUGGUGAACUUGCUGCUUUGUUUUCUGAGAAAAGAGAUUUGAAGACAUUUUAUUAACAGCUUGAUUUCCCUCUUUUUCUCCAUAGGAACUUAUUUUAAUAGUCAUAUUAACAACAAAAAUACUAAGACUGUUUGGGAAUAAAAAAAGCUACUAG